CAUGCGUACAUUUUUGGUGAUUCUCCGGGCUGCUCUCGCGAGCUGAGUUUUGUUCCGCAGUCUUCGCCAGAAAGAAGAGAGAAAAUGUCCACAAGCGAUUUCUAUUUGAGAUAUUAUGUUGGCCACAAGGGAAAGUUUGGACACGAGUUCCUGGAAUUUGAAUUCAGACCUGACGGUAAACUGCGAUAUGCAAACAACAGCAACUACAAGAACGACGUCAUGAUCAGGAAAGAGGCCUAUGUACACAAAAGUGUGAUGGAGGAGCUGAAGAGGAUCAUUGACGACAGUGAGAUCACCAAGGAAGAUGAUGCGUUGUGGCCACCUCCGGACAGAGUUGGCAGACAGGAGCUGGAGAUCGUCAUUGGCGACGAACACAUUUCAUUCACAACUUCCAAAAUUGGCUCCUUAAUUGACGUCAACCAGUCAAAGGACCCUGAAGGUCUUCGCGUGUUCUACUACCUGGUGCAAGAUCUGAAAUGUCUCGUCUUCAGUCUCAUCGGUCUACACUUCAAGAUCAAGCCCAUCUAAAAUGUCGAUGUUGCUCAUUUUCUUUGCUUUAGCUAAUGUUUCUGUUGUUGAACCACCGCAUUUGUACAUUUGCUUUUGGUGGAAGUGUUUUUUUAUUUUAAAUAAAGGGUGAGAAAACUUA